AUGGUCGAUGGCGGUAGCCAGGAGCUCGCCAACUUUUUCGGCUGGGUCUCCAUCGCAUGCUGGCUCGUUGUGUAUUCUCCCCAGAUUAUCGAGAACUACCAGCUGCAGUCAGGCGACGGCCUCAGCGUGGGCUUCGUCGUAAUAUGGCUUAUCGGCGACUUGUGCAAUCUUACCGGCGCCGUAAUGGCCGACCUGCUGCCCACCGUGAUCAUCGUGGCCUGCUACUAUACGCUCUGUGACGGAACCCUGCUCGCCCAAAUUUACUACUACCGGAGAAAGCGCGCCCGCCGGGGAGCACCACUCCUCGUGGCCGAAGAUCCCAGGCUGUCCAUGCUCUACGAUGAAUCUAGUCCGCUCCUGGCGGGAGAUGGUACCGCCGAAGAACCGCCCUCGCGUCCGUCCUUUGCGGCCGCGCUGGGAUUCGUAUUUGCUGUCGGCGUCUUGGCGUGGGCAGUGGACAGGGAGCUGCACAGGGACUCCCCUCGUUCGAAGCCGGACGAGGUCGUAGAGUGGCGAAGCCAGGUCCUUGGGUGGAUCAGUGCCGCCCUGUUUCUCGGAGCGCGGAUUCCGCAGAUUGUCAAGAAUCUGAGCACGCGGUGUGAGGGGCUGUCGCCCUUCCUGUUUGUGUAUUCCAUUGCGGGCAACACGACGUAUACGCUCUCGAUACUGGCCGCCUCGUUGGAGUGGCCGCAUCUCGUGGUGAACGCGCCUUGGAUUGCCGGGAGCGCUCUGACCGUCUUCCUGGAUCUGUUUGUGCUCUACCAAUUUGCGCACUACCGACGGGAGGAUGGGGAGCGGGCGCGGGCGCGGGAGAGGUCGGAGUGA